CGCACGCAAGGAGUGACUGAGUUUUCCCACGCAACGUGGAAGAGGAGGAAGAAGAGGAGGAAGAAGAGCAGGAGGAGGUACGUCUGCUUCUCCUCCAACCGUGACGAAGAGAGCGAGAGAGAGAGAGAGAGAAAAACACGGGUAUUUGGCACCGUGCGCAUUCACUGACGCUGCUGCUGCUGCUGCUGCAUCCACGCGCUGCACAGAAAUUCAACCCGCAUCAUCAUCAUCAUCAUCUGAGAAAGGAGAGGAGGAGGAAGAUCUCAGACGCAGAGUGUGUGUGUGACGGCGCAGCAUGACGGACACGGUGAUGAGCAGCAGCUCAGAUCGCUGGAUGUCCAACGACAGGCAGAGGAACAUGCAGCAUUCUGGUGAGAAAGAACAGGGCAACUGGACCACACAGCCCGGUCCUGGUCCUGGUCCUGGUUCCAGUCCAGACCUGACAGACGAGGAGAAAGAGAUCAUAAACAGCGUGAUCGCCCGUGCUGAGAAGAUGGAGGCCAUGGAGCAGGAGAGAAUCGGGCGCUUGAUAAACCGCCUGGACGACAUGAAGAAGACGGUGUGUGGGGACGGAGUGUCCCGCUGUCUGCUGUGUGGAGAGCAGCUGAACUCGCACGGCGUCACCGGUGUGGUGUGUGAGGACUGCAAAAAGAGCAUGUGCAGUAAGUGCGGCACGCAGUGCGGCAGUCGCCCUCGCGCCGUGUGGCUUUGCAAGAUCUGCCGAGAACAGCGAGAGGUGUGGAAGAGGUCCGGCGCCUGGUUCUUUAAAGGUUUUCCUAAGCAUUUCUUGCCGUCACCCAUGCCAUUAACUAAAAAAGAGGCGGGAGCCAAGGAGGCGGCGGCGGCGGCGUCUCGCGAGAAAGCAGCUCCUGCGGCCAGAGAAGACACGACCCAACCUCAACAUGCAGGACCAGAGCCACAGGGCCGUGCUGGUUACCCACCUGUAGCCCCCAAACCGGCAGCCGCGCAGAUGGCUACCGGCGGUGCUGGCCCUCAAGAGGGAAGUCCAGUGGUGAUGAAGAAGAUGGUUCCUGUUCAGAGCUCAAGACCUCAGUCUGCUGCGUCGGUCACUGUGGCCCAGCAAGGUUCAGUGGCAGGAGAUGGAGGUGCGUUCUCCUCUGGGGCCGAGCAGAGAGCGCCACCUGCGGUGAGAGAGGAGAGGAGGCAGCCUGCCUCCUACGGCUCUGUCCCCGCCCGACAGCAGCCUCCCCCGGCUGAUGAGGAGGAGGAGGCCAACGACUAUGACUCCGAUGAAGCCACCACUCUGGGCUCUUUAGAGUUCAGUCUGCACUACGACCAGGAGAGCAACAGCCUCCAGUGUAGCAUCAUCAAAGGAAAGGGUCUGAAGCCCAUGGACUCAAACGGUCUGGCAGAUCCUUACAUCAAGCUUCAUCUGCUGCCGGGGGCCAGUAAGUCUAACAAGCUGCGCACAAAGACUCUGAGAAACACCCGUAACCCCGUGUGGAAUGAGACGCUCACCUACCACGGCCUGACGGAUGAGGACAUGCAGCGUAAGACCCUCAGACUCUCUGUCUGUGAUGAAGACAAGUUUGGGCAUAAUGAGUUUAUCGGGGAAACCCGAGUGGCGCUGAAGAAGCUGAAGAUGAACCAGAAGAAGAACUUCAACGUGUGUCUGGAGAGAGUUGUCCCCACAAAGAGAAGUGCAACAGCUGGCGGAGCCAGAGGCAUCGCUCUCUACGAGGAUGAGUCAGCGAAGGAUGGCGGAGAGGUGGAAGAGCGAGGUCGGAUCCUGAUCUCCCUCAUGUACAGCACCCAGCAGAACCGUCUCCUCGUGGGCGUCGUCCGCUGCGUUCACCUGGCUGCCAUGGAUGCUAAUGGCUACUCUGACCCAUAUGUUAAAAUAUGUCUGAAACCUGACAUGGGGAAGAAGGCCAAGUGCAAAACACAAAUCAAGAAGAGGACUUUGAACCCGGAGUUUAACGAGGAAUUUGGCUACGAAAUCAAACACAGCGAACUGGCCAAGAAGACUUUAGACGUCUCCGUGUGGGAUUAUGACAUCGGGAAAUCCAACGACUACAUCGGCGGCUGUCAGCUGGGUAUCACUGCCAAAGGAGAGCGGCUGAAGCACUGGUACGAGUGUUUGAAGAACAAGGACAAGAAGAUCGAGCGCUGGCACACGCUGGUGAACGAGAAUCACGUCGCCAGCGAUUAACCACUCGUUUACUCCCACAAACAGCAUGAGCUAAAAACCUUUCUUCUCUUCACUUCAUCUCCCUAAAGCACUUUUUUCUUCUUCUUCUUCUUCUUCUUCUUCGUUCUGUUGUGUUUGAUCCUCUCUCGUUCUGUGCGUGAGGCGCCGCUCACAUCCGUCCGUCCCUCUCUAAUGUAGUGUACUCUCCUCUUCUCUUCUUAUUAACAACCUCCCUUCCUGUGCUGAUACUAAAUCUGCCUCUGGGACAAACCACCGCUUAAAUGAAUUAGAGAUUUCAUUAAUGAAAGGAAGACAUUUGUCAUUGAAACAGCUGCACACAGAGCCUCGUGCAUCGUCUUAGUAACCUGCUUUCCAUGAAAAUGUAUAUUGCAAACAAAAGAAAAUGUGCACUUAUGGCUACAUUCAGGUGACCAGACUGAAGUGACUUAUAUUUGUUUUUUUUCCGUUGAUGUGACAGAAUUCUGAUUGACAAUUCCGAUUUUUGAAAUCAGUCACUUCGGAAUUAAGCAUGGGUAAUCGAGAACUGCUACGAAAUUGAAUACUGGUCAAUACCAAAGUGUCUAUAAGCAUCCAGACAAACAAUAACAUGAUUGAUAUUUAUGUUGAUUCUGAAAAUGCUAACAACGCUCGUGAUGAUGAAGCUGCCAAUGACUUUUAAUCCAGCCGUCAAUGGCGAGCACACGCUUGAAAGUUUGGGCUCACUUUGCUUAAACUUUGCUUAAACUAAAGGGAUUUGUAUCAUGUGUGGAAAAAUGUAGUUGCAAGUACACGAGUAACAAACACACAAAUACAGCACAGUUAAUCUGAGGCCGUGCAGUCUAAUCUGACCGUUUACAAAGCUAACAAGUUUACAAAUAGCUUAGCUAACAUUUCUACUGCUGCUGGCGUUCUCUGCGCAGCCUCCUGACACCAACAUCGCGAUGGAGCGAUUGUGGAUACUAACGUAGUUGCGAAUGUGAUCCGCGAUAUAAUCUGUAAUCUGAUUGGAAGAAUGUGGCUGGAAAUCUGAACGUAGCCCUUGUGUGUUUCCAUCCGCUGCUGUUAAGUGAAUCAUUAAAAAAAAAAACCUGAGGGUUUUUUGCACGAUUGGACACGUGCGGAAAAUACUUACAAACGUACGAAUAAUUUGCAUGAAAAAAAAUGCGUCCGUUGCAAAGGCCUCUAGAGGGAGCAACUUGAUGACGCAAACGACGGUAGCUUCGGUAAUUUUUGCUUCUUGAGCACCAAGUGUCUGACGUGUUAUCCAUUUUCAAUGAAAUGGGCAAGUUUCAGUCAAAAAUCCGAUCUUUUUUUAUGGACAACUUUCCCACCUCUGUUAAGCGCGAAAAACCUUUAAGUGACAUUCCAAAAUUUGCUCGAAUUAUCUGGUUUCAUGCUGCUUUUUUUGUCUUUUUUUUGUUAAAAUCAAAAAUUCAUAUAAAGACAUACUGAUGGAAACGUAUACGUGACACGUGACGUGACGUCAUGCUACGGUAUAGCGCGCCAAAACUUAACGCAUUCUUCUCUGACGGACGUUUGAAUUGCACUGGCACAGAGCGGGGAAAGCAAUAGGCUGUGUUGUCCGAGGUCAGAAGCAGCAUUCAGGCUGGAAUUUGGCCCGACUGAUGAUUUUUCACGUGAUUAUAUUCGUAUAGUUUGCGUUUCAAAACUGCGUGAGUAUGCCAAGUAACAGGUUGCGCCUAAGCAAAACACGCAGCUACACCUUAAAGUGUCUGAACUGUGCCCACUGUCCUGAACAUACAUGUAUAUUUCCGUGAAGAAAUGUUUACAUACUUAUUAACACAUUGCUCAGGUUAGGAUAGACAUCUGAUUACGCACAUGACGCAUACGUUAGCGGACCAUGAGCUUCGAUGAAUUCUCUUCAUCGGUCGCUGUUGCUGAUUUUGUGAUUUUGAAGUUAUAGCACACCUAAUGAUAGUUGGCGAUUAGGAGUUUCUACGUGUGGCUGUGGAUAAGCUGUGACUCUUUUAAGUUAGUGGGACGUUAUUAAGUGUGUGAUUAGAGAAACUGAACAAGGUUUAUUUUUUCUGAUUUUAAUUCAUAAAAGCAGGAAAAAAACCUGCUACCUCUACUCUCCUUAAAGCUGGUGGUUCGCUCUGAGUUUUUCUACUGCAGUGUUUACACGGAUGCUUUUCUUCCCCACUGACACAUCUGGCUGCUCUUACUUCUCAAGGAGAGAACGUGGUACAGUCUAGUUUAUCAUGUCAUAAGUGUGUUGCAGCUUCGCCUGCAUGCACUGUGUGCCCCUUGACUCUCGCGUGCCUGGGGCAGAAGACGCCUCUCACACUCUUACAUACAUUAGUCCUUUUGCACAAAGCAAGGGAGCGUCUUCCCUCUGCCACAUCCCAAUCACUCGAGGCUUUAGUGUGUAUUAGUUCCUCGGGGCUGGGCGAUAAAAAAAGAUCUAGAAAUGGAAUCACGGUAAAAUUCAUGUUGCCAAACUUUGAAAAGCUUGAAAAAAUGACUUGGUUGCUAUAGGAAUGCUAGAAGAUAAAAUAUCACACGUCUUGAUUCUUGACAGUGGUUUAUGGACCGUGUAUAAGUAUCCAACCACUAUUUAGCAG